AUGGGGAGGCACCAGGACACCGUGCGUACUCCGGUGCAGAGGAGCGAGGUUCGUGGCUGUGGACUGGGGGGACGUGACGAUUGUUUCGUGCUAUUUCCCCCCAGCCUCAGUCAAGCCGAAUUCGUCCACGAUUUGGACGAAAUGGACGACAAGCUACGGGAUGUGCUACGGAGGGGGCAUCCAACGAUAGUGGCUGGUGAUUUUAACGCCAGAGCGCAGGCCUGGGACCCGGGACGGCCGAACAGGAGGGGAGGCAUCCUUCUGGGCUGGAUGGGGACGAGGGGACUGCAGCUCAUCAAUAACGGAGAAGAACCCACGUGCGUGCACCCCCGUGGAACAUCCGCCGUGGAUGUCACGAUGGCAACGCCAACUGCAGCCAGGAAGGUUACUGGCUGGCGUGUCGCGACCGAGCUGGAAUCCCUAUCGGACCACCGAUAUAUCCUGAUGGACGUGGGAGCCUCGUUGAGGGGCACGGAGAUAGGAAGGACAGCGCUGAAGAAAUUCCCGAGAUGGGUCACGCGACGCAUUGACCGGGAGAUGAUGGAGGCGGCAGCGGUGUUCUCGGCGUGGGAAGGAGUGCAAGAGGACGGUGCCCGGAGCGCCAGGAGGAUCGACGAGAUUUUGCGAGACAUAGCGGAUGUAGCAAUGGCUAGGAAGGGACCCUCUAAACGUCCAUCGGUGUAUUGGUGGAACGAGGAGAUCGCCGAGCUCCGACGGGCCUGUAAUUCAUGGAGAAGAAGAUUCACACGAAUGAGAGGGAGAAGACGCGCCUGUCCUGAAAAUGUUAAGACACUGUGGGACGGCUUGAAGGAGGCCAGGCGAGAGCUUAGGAGGGCCAUAAGUAGAUCUAAGGCCAAAUUGUGGAAAGAACUGGUGAAUGAUCUCGAUAGGGACCCAUGGGGAAUGCCCUACAGAGUGGUCACCAAGAAGUUGUCGUCCGGCGGUGCCUCUAUCGUGGAGACCCUACCACCGGACGUCGCGGAAGGGAUAGUGACUGUGCUGUUCCCAAAAGGAACUGCAUCCCAAAACAACGGGACGACGAUGGAGUGGCAGGAAGAGCUCGCGGUGACGCACGAGGAGGUAUUGGAGGCCUGUGCAGCGUUAAAAUCGGCAAAGCUCCAGGACCAGAUGGUAUACCCGGAUGUGUCAUGA